GCGGUAUUGCAGUCGUCUGUCCGUUCAAUGGAUUUGCCGUGAUGACCACUCUGGCCAUUGCAUUAGCCAGUUGACACCGCACCACAAUGGGAGGCAUUAUUUCCUUAAUCAAAAGAUGCAGAAAAGAAGAAGAGCCCAAAGAAGAGGUCGAGCAACUGCCGAUUGAGAAUGAUGCCAGUCCAUCCCUGCCAGCGCAGCUCUGCGGCGCCUGCAGCCAGCUGGACCUGGAAGCAAUGCUUCAGCAUGAAACCGAGGAACAGGCCAUCGGAUUUCUGACAGACUACCUCGACGCCGAUUGUCCCUUCUGCAGCCUCAUCUGCCAGUCUGUCCGUAUCGCCUGGGGUGAUGACUGGUCUACAAGUCGAGUGUGCUGCGAAACCAACGCAUCGAUCCGGGUAUUCAUCCGCAGCCAAAGCCCCUUGUCAGCGAGGAUCCAUGGCCGGAUGGAACACCCUGAGCCACGCAUCCUGCUGGCCAUCGACCAGAAGCCCCCGACAUUUCAGCGUAACAGGGCCACGCUCAGACAGCUCGAUCGCGGGAAGAGUCGGUUCAUCAUUGCCGAGAUUGAGCAUUUGCCUGAGACAGUCCCUUCGUCCGCAGCAGCCAAUUUCCUCCCCCGGCGUGAGGUCUCUCAGCGGAUUGAUGUCGGGCUCAUCCAAAGCUGGCUCAGCGAAUGUCGAAACCACAAACACCCCAGACAGCUACCAAGUCUGGGGAGCGAGAGCCUCUUCCACGAGGACCACCCGUUUCGACUCAUCGACGUGGUGGACGAGUGCCUGGUGCUCAAGAGCAGUAGAUGUGAAUACGCCGCUCUAUCUUACGUAUGGGGCCGUAUACCAACACUCCUAUCCCCGGGGAACAAUGAGAAAGAGAUUCCAAUUCUUCUCACGACCCGUGAAAACGUCUCACGAUGCAGCGCUCCAAGAAGCCUCUCCCAAGCGCAACCCGUCUCACGAACCACCGGCCGAAUCCCUCGUACAGUCCGCGACGCAAUGGAGAUGACCCGACAGAUCGGCAUGCGAUACCUGUGGGUCGACACCCUAUGCAUCAUCCAAGACGACCCGGAAGACAAAGCACGGAUCAUCGAACAAAUGGCGGAUGUCUACGACAACGCGACCGUCACCCUCGUCGCCGCAGCAGGCAGCGACGCAGACGCCGGACUGAGUGGAAUCAGCCCGCGAACCGGCCAACCUCUCAGCCCGGCCCAAAUCACCAACAGCACCAGCGGAACAACCCUCAACCUCUCGCUCUGCCUCCCGUCCUUAUGCGACGAAAUCCGCCGCGCAACAUGGAACACCCGGGGCUGGACAUUCCAAGAACAGUCCCUCUCGCAGCGCUGUCUGUACCUCACGCCGGCGGAACUCUUCUUCAACUGCAGCGAAGCCCAGUGGCGAGAGGGAUACAACUACAGCGAGGAAGCGCGCAGCGACGGCAUAGCGCUGGAAAUCCGAACCGGACCGCCCUGGUGGAACCGGAAUCUGAGAAAGGAUCCAGAUCCCACGCCCUAUCACUACCUGGGCCACGGGAGUCAGGGGCUCAACAGCAUGGGCUACCAGAAGGCAGUCCAGGAUUACAGCCGCAGAAACCUCACCUACCAGCAGGACAUCCUCAGCGCGUACGAGGGUAUCUUCCACCGCUUCCAGCAGUUGAGCAACGCCCCGGAACUGAGCAUUCGGGAUACGCAAAGCAUCCCGACCCAGUUCAUGCAUCUGGCUUUACUGUGGUUCCCAGGCGAUGGCUGCGAGAGAAGACUGGUUGAGGAGUCGGAGAAAUUCGCUACGUGGUCGUGGUAAUUACCUACCUACCUCCUUGCUCUCUCAUGCCCCCACUACGCACCCAUGACUAACCAG